UUAUCAUUAUUUUUGAUAACAAAGGUCAUUGUUAUUCGUUAUAUUGUUAUUUUAUCUAUGAAAAAUCAUUAAUAUUUUAUUCGUUAAGUAAUAGUUCAAGAUAUUUUAAUAACUAUAUGCAAAAUGCUAUCUUCAUUUGAGAGAAACAUUCUUAAACCUUUUACUAUAAUAAGUCGAAGUGUUCAUAGCCAAUAUCUUAUUACAAAAGAAAAUAAUGGUACUCGGGAAAUAACGUUAAAUCAUGAAAAAACAAAAAAUUCACUAUCAUUAGCUAUGAUGGAAAAUCUAAUAACAGCUAUAAAUGAAAAUAAAAAUGAUACAUCUCUGAGAGCUAUAAUAUUAUCAGCAAAUGGUAAUGUUUUUUCAGCUGGCCAUAAUUUGAAAGAAUUACAAACGUCAACUGGAACUGAUCAACACAAACUGAUAUUUAAUAAGGCUACAGAAUUAAUGAAAUCUAUAAUUCUAAGUCCAGUGCCAGUAAUAGCUAAGGUAAACGGGUUUGCAACUGCAGCAGGUUGUCAAUUAGUAGCCACCUGUGACAUUAUAAUUUGUUCAAACAAAAGCAAAUUUUCAACUCCCGGAGCUAAUUUUGGGAUAUUUUGUUCAACACCAGGCAUAGCAAUAGGUAGAAGUGUUCCAAAAUCUAAAGCAAUGUAUAUGUUGUUAACUGGUGAACCAAUAACUGCACAAGAAGCAUAUGAAAGUGGUCUUGUAACCAAAGUAGUUCCAGCAGAUAAAUUAGACGAAGAAGUCAAUAGAAUUGUUGAACAAAUUAAACAUAAGAGUCGCUGUGUUAUUGCACUCGGAAAGGAAUUUUUCUACAAGCAAAUCAAUCUUAAUACUCUUGAUGCUUAUAGAUUAGGUGAAGAUAUUAUGGUGCAAAAUAUCAAUUCAAAUGACGGUCAAGAAGGAAUACAAAGUUUUGUUGAAAAGCGUAAAGCAAUUUGGAGUCAUAAAUAAUUUUACUAAUAUCUAAAAUAUAUAUUUAUCUCUGAAUGUGACAUUUGUCAU